CCCCCUUUAUAUAAAUCCCUUGAUCAAGUUUCAUCGAAUUACAUCCAUCAAAUUAAUUAAGUUCGCUAAUCUUCUCUCUGCUCUCUCUUGCUCUGAUCCCUCCACAAAUAGAAGCAAUUAGAGGAGUUUGCUAAGCAUUCCUUUGACAUCAUCAACACGAUAUGUUGCCGAGAAGUCGAACCCUUCCUUCAAGAAUCCACCAUGGAGUUGUAGAAGAGAGGCAUGAUAUAAGGCACUACUUUCAAGUCGAAGUGCAGCCUAAACCGAACAACGAGAGUGAAGCUAUCAACCCUCAGGCUAACUAUUCCAAGUGCUUCGAUGAUGACGGUCGUCUAAAGAGAAGCGGGACAUUUUGGACUGCAACAUCGCAUAUCAUAACGGCCGUGAUUGGGUCCGGGGUGCUGUCGCUGGCAUGGGCAAUCGCUCAACUGGGCUGGGUUGCAGGGCCCGCUGUCAUGAUUCUCUUCGCCUUCGUCAACCUCUAUACUUCAAAUCUCCUGUCUCAAUGCUACCGGUCUGGGGACCCGGUCACGGGCCAGAGGAACUAUACUUACAUGGAUGCCGUUAAGGCCAACUUAGGCGGCAAGAAAGUCAUUAUGUGCGGUUUGAUCCAAUACAUCAAUCUGUUUGGGGUCGCCAUCGGCUACACGAUCGCUGCUUCUGUUAGCAUGAUGGCAAUCAAGAGAUCGAACUGUUUCCAUAACAGUGGAGGAAAGGAUCCUUGCCACAUGUCGAGCAACGGGUACAUGAUAACUUUCGGCAUAGCAGAGAUACUAUUGUCGCAGAUCCCAGACUUCGAUCAGGUGUGGUGGCUCUCCAUAGUCGCAGCUAUCAUGUCCUUCACUUACUCUACCGCUGGCCUUGGCCUUGGCAUCGGUAAAGUUGCCGGCAAUGGACAGCUCAAAGGGAGCCUUACAGGCAUAAGCGUAGGAGCCGUGACAUCGAAUGCAGGAACUGUCACCGAGAUGCAAAAGCUGUGGCGAAGCCUGCAAGCUCUUGGUGCCAUUGCUUUUGCUUACUCCUACUCCAUCAUCCUCAUCGAGAUUCAGGAUACGUUAAGGUCUCCACCGGCAGAGCACAAAACCAUGAGGAAGGCCACUCUGUUUAGCAUAAUUGUGACAACCGUUUUCUACUUGCUCUGCGGGUGCAUGGGCUACGCCGCCUUUGGAGACCUUGCUCCUGGGAAUCUCUUGACCGGGUUUGGGUUCUAUAACCCUUACUGGCUCCUCGACAUCGCCAAUGUCGCGAUCGUGAUCCACCUGGUCGGGGCUUACCAGGUCUACUGCCAGCCCUUAUUCGCGUUUGUUGAGAAAUGGAGCGCCCAUAAAUGGUCCAAGAACGACUUCGUGACUGCCGAGUACGACAUACCGAUCCCCUACUUCGGCGUCUACCAGCUCAACUUCUUCCGCCUCGUGUGGCGAACAAUCUUCGUCAUGCUGACCACAAUCAUCGCGAUGCUCAUGCCCUUCUUCAAUGACGUGGUCGGGAUCCUCGGCGCAUUCGGGUUCUGGCCCCUGACAGUCUACUUCCCGGUCGAGAUGUACAUUGCUACGAGCAGGAUCCCCAGGUGGUCGACCCAAUGGGUCGGGCUCCAGAUCCUAAGCAUGACCUGCUUGGUCGUGUCCAUAGUUGCAGCAGUUGGCUCGUUUGCUGGAGUGGCCCUGGAUCUCAAGACUUAUAAGCCUUUCAAGACUAGUUACUGAAAGCGAUUAGCGAUUUUACUCGGGCUCACGAACAGCUAUAGACCAACAAGAAUUUCUUUGAAAGCGUGGAAUUGUGGAGAGGCCUUCUCAGGAAUAAGAUUUGUAAUACUAUGCCGAUAUAUAGUGAGACUCAACUCGAUGUCUUAUCAUCCA